AUUUGUCAGACUUAUUAUGGUGGCGAAAGUAAUGGUGGACGAUUAAUUUGUCAUUGGAUUACUGAUGCUAAAUUAGAGGAUAAUGUUCAAAGACGAAAUGCGGAGUGGUCAUUUUAUAAUUCGCUGGUCUAUUUAUUGCCUGCUGUAAUAGUUAAUACUAUCUUAGGUGCUUAUGGUGAUAGGCAUGGAUGGAAAUUAAACAUAAUGCUCGGAAUAACGGGUUUAGUUAUUGGUGAAUUCGGUUAUCUAUUGGUGUUAAGCAAAUCAAUUCAUGCACCGUAUUGGACGGUUUUAGUAUUUGGUGCUAUUGCUGGUUUAACAGGAUAUAUUUCAAUGAUUCAAAUAUCAUGCAAUGCAUAUCUCGCUGAUAUCACAAAAGACAGUAAUCUUUUGACUAUUCGUGCUGGAAUAUUUAGUGUAACUUAUACAUUUGCUUCUGUAAUUGGUGGCGUAUUUGCAGGAUUUUUCAGCUGGCUGCCUUCAGUCAUAUCAAUUGAUAUCGAACUCGGCCUAUUUCUCGUUGCACUUUUAUUUGUCUACUGGAGGAUACCAGAACAAACAAAAACUUUGGAAACUAACCGAUGUAAAUCUUCGUUAUCAACAGCUCAAAGUAUUCAAGAAUUUUUUAUGGAAUUAUGGUUAUUGUUAAAAGAAGGUGCAAAAACUUAUAUGCGCAAACGUAUUGGUUACCGACGUUCAUUUAUCUUUCUAUCAGUUCUAGCACUUAUAAUUACCCAUACAGCGUCAAUCGAAACCCGUAUUGAACUUUUCAAUAAUUUAGUAAUAAUUGGAACUAUUGGCGGUUUAUUCCUAUUCAAACACUAUUUUCGUAUUCGAGAGACAUCGAUGAUACUCAUAGGAAUUGCUUCAAGCACAUCGCGAACAGCUGUCAUUGCAUUUGCGACAGAAACAUGGCAUAUGCAUUUUGCUAAUCUUCUUGGCAUCUUUUCUGGCCUUGUUCAACCAGCUGUUGUAUCAUUUAUCGUUCAGGCAUUAUUUCCAAAUUUAAUUAUAUCUUAUUCAAAAAACAUCAGAAAAAAAAAACAAUUUUCAGAAAUAGUACCAAAUGAUGAAAUCGGACAAAUUUUCUCGUUAUUUGGUAUUGCCGGCGAUUUUGCAUUCGUUAUUUUUAAUAUCACUUAUAGUUAUAUUUAUCGUGAAACCGAAGUAUGGAUGCCUGGAUUUUCAUUUCUAUUCAUUGCUGCGCUAGAAGCAAUAGCUGGAAUUGCAAUGCUCUGGAUUCACGUUCAAAGUUGCAAAGAAGGUAUUGGCAGACGAUCAGUAAAUGAACCACUUCGUUCGACAAUCUCAAUAAUCGGAAAAAUAAGCAGUGCGAUGGAUCCAACAUUCACCAACGAUUUGAAAAACAAGCAAUUAUCAAUUUAUGAUAUGGCGUUAGCAAGAAAUGCGCAAAAAAAUGCGGAAUUUGAUGAACGCUGGCUGGAAAGUUUCCCGGCAAGAUAUAGAGAUGGCUCGUUCUACUGA